AGCGGACAGCAACAGUCAGAAGUGGGAAGCAGAGUGAAGGCAAAAGCAAGGGGGAUGCAAGGCUUGCAUUGCAAGCACGUCCUGCUUCCCGCUUUACCCCACCCUCCUCCUCCUCCUCCUCCUCCUCCUCUGGGUUCCAACUGUUCAUGGAAGCUUCUGUGGCGGCUUAAUUUCAAGGCCCUGCCUCUCCGCCCCCUCCUCUGAUGACUCCCCCUCCCUCCGCCUGUUCCGUUUAGCCCCCUGUGCUGAGAGUCCCUCCUCCUUCUCUUUUUCUCCAAUCAGCUGGGGGCAGGGAGAUAGGCGCGUGUACGGUGACGUAGUGAGCAAGAGCCAAGGAGGAGGGACUCAGGACGCCAAUUCUGAAACGUGAAGAAGGAGGAUAACCUUUGAAAACAUUUGGUGUGGGUGUUCCCAGUUCCUCCACCUCACCCCGAUCUUCUGCCUCUUUCAGUUUCUAUUUGGUAACCUACCUAUCAAGUCAUGGACACAGAACAGAUUAUGGAGGGGCAGCCACAGGUUCCGGAAAAUCCUCAUGCAGAAUAUGGUCUUACAGAAAAUGUAGAGCGGAUAGUAGAAAAUGAGAAGGCUAGUGCAGAAAAAACAUCAAAGCAGAAGGUGGAUCUUCAGUCAUUACCUACACGUGCCUAUCUGGAUCAAACAGUUGUGCCUAUCUUACUACAAGGACUUGCAGUGCUUGCAAAAGAGAGACCACCAAAUCCUAUUGAAUUCCUAGCAGCAUAUCUGUUAAAAAAUAAGGCACAGUUUGAGGACCGAAAUUAAUUCCGUCUGAAGAGGAUCAUUUGACUAUCAGCAUAUAUGCUAAAUAAUCAUGAAUCAUUGUUUGAUGUAUAAAUCCUACAAAACCAAAAAUCUACUUUACACACCAACUCUUUAGUAUUUUCUUGAAUUAUUUAAUAAAGUACCUUACAUUUUAUUUGUUCACUUGUUUUAAACUAACUUUUAAGCAAAAAAGGCCUUCAGAAUAAAGUCUUAAAGCAUCACAGUUUGAUGAACAGUUUAAUUCUAAUAUGAUACUUCUCCUUAGUGUAUUAAACCUGUGGCAGUAGUCACAAACUACUGAAAAGUCAAGAAUAUGUUUGCCUAAUAUGCUAUCCAGUAUGUUCUGUCUACAUGAAGCAAGGCUCUUGUCUAGUGAUGAAAACAUACAUGUUGCCUCACUGGUUACAGUUUUGUUUUAGGGGAAAUAGCCCAUGGAAUAGAAUUAUCUACCAGAACACAUUGUUUUAAAAUCUGCAGCCUUAUGUUGCAGGUAACUUACUACAGUUGUCACUGAUAUGUUAUGGUCUACAUUCCUGAGAAUGUAUUGGGAUUAAAAAGAAACAAAAAACACUGUGCAUUUGAAAAUGUUGCUACUUUGUGUCUAUGGCAAUGCCCCACAAAACUCAUUAAACUAAUGUACUUGGA